GCGGCGCGGACGCUGGGACUGGUGUUUGGAGGCGCCAGAGCAGCGGAUCCCAGUCUUGCUGCCGCAGCAGUGCGAGUGUUGCGCGGGGCCUGAAGACGACGUACCUUUUUGCUCCUCACCUUUUUUUAAAAUAACCGAAACCAAUGAACGCAGCCGGGACCCGAGCUCCAGAGGCCGCCGGUGCCGACAAGACCAGGCUGGAGCCCGACAGGAGCUCGCGUCUGAGGCGGCGGGGGCGGCCCGAGGAGUCGCAGGAGGCGGCGGCGCCUCGCGAAGCGGGCGAGUGGCUGGCGGCCGGGGCGCCGCCGCGCUUUCCCCCCGCUCCUUCUCCGCGUCCUCAUCCCGCCACGACGCCCAGCCCGGCCUUGGGCUGGCUGCGGCGGCGGCGCUGGGCUGCGCUGCUGGUCCUCGGGCUGCUGGUGGCAGGCGCGGCGGACGGAUGCGAGCUGGUGCCCAGGCACCUCCGCGGACGGCGGACGGCGGGCUCUGCCGCCUCUUCUCCCGCCGCGGCGGGGGGCGACAGCCCGGCGCUCAUGACAGAUCCCUGCAUGUCACUGAGUCCACCAUGCUUCACAGAAGAAGAUAGAUUUAGUCUGGAAGCUCUUCAAACAAUACAUAAACAAAUGGAUGAUGACAAAGAUGGUGGAAUUGAAGUAGAUGAAAGUGAUGAAUUUAUCAGAGAAGAUAUGAAAUAUAAAGAUGCUACUAAUAAACACAGCCAUCUGCACAGAGAAGACAAGCAUAUAACUGUUGAGGAUUUAUGGAAACGAUGGAAAACAUCAGAAGUUCAUAAUUGGACCCUUGAGGACACGCUUCAGUGGUUGAUAGAAUUUGUUGAACUACCCCAAUAUGAGAAGAAUUUUAGAGACAAUAACGUCAAAGGAACAACGCUUCCCAGGAUAGCAGUGCAUGAACCUUCAUUUAUGAUCUCUCAGUUGAAAAUCAGUGAUCGGAGUCACAGACAGAAACUUCAGCUCAAGGCGCUGGAUGUGGUUUUGUUCGGACCUCUAACGCGCCCUCCUCAUAACUGGAUGAAGGAUUUUAUCCUCACAGUUUCUAUAGUAAUUGGUGUUGGCGGGUGCUGGUUUGCUUACACGCAGAAUAGGACAUCAAAAGAACAUGUUGCAAAAAUGAUGAAAGACUUAGAGAGUUUACAAACCGCAGAGCAAAGUCUCAUGGACUUACAAGAGAGGCUUGAAAAGGCACAGGAAGAAAACAGAAAUGUUGCUGUAGAAAAGCAAAAUCUAGAGCGCAAAAUGAUGGAUGAAAUCAAUUACGCAAAGGAAGAGGCUUGUCGGCUGAGAGAGCUAAGGGAGGGAGCUGAAUGUGAAUUGAGUAGACGUCAGUAUGCAGAGCAGGAAUUGGAACAGGUUCGAAUGGCUCUAAAAAAGGCUGAAAAAGAAUUUGAACUCAGAAGCAGCUGGUCUGUUCCAGAUGCACUUCAAAAAUGGCUUCAGCUGACGCAUGAAGUAGAAGUACAGUACUACAAUAUUAAAAGACAGAAUGCUGAAAUGCAGUUAGCUAUUGCUAAGGAUGAGGCAGAGAAAAUUAAAAAGAAGAGAAGCACAGUCUUUGGGACUCUGCAUGUUGCACAUAGCUCCUCCCUAGAUGAGGUAGACCACAAAAUUCUGGAAGCAAAGAAAGCUCUCUCUGAGUUGACAACUUGUUUACGAGAACGACUUUUUCGCUGGCAACAGAUAGAGAAGAUCUGUGGCUUUCAGAUAGCCCAUAACUCGGGACUCCCCAGCCUCACCUCUUCCCUUUAUUCUGAUCACAGCUGGGUGGUGAUGCCCAGAGUCUCCAUUCCACCCUAUCCCAUUGCUGGAGGAGUUGAUGAUUUAGAUGAAGAUACACCCCCAAUAGUGUCACAGUUUCCCGGGACCAUGGCUAAACCUGCCGGAUCACUGGCCAGAAGCAGCAGCUUGUGUCGCUCCCGCCGCAGCAUCGUUCCGUCCUCGCCGCAGUCUCAGCGAGCUCAGCUUCCUGCACAUGCUCACCCGGCACACCCCCGGCAUCCCCACCACCCCCAGCACACACAGCACUCCUUGCCUUCCCCUGAUCCAGAUAUCCUCUCGGUGUCAAGUUGCCCUGCUCUUUAUCGAAAUGAAGAGGAGGAGGAGGCCAUUUACUUCUCUGCUGAAAAGCAAUGGGAAGUACCAGACACAGCUUCAGAAUGUGACUCCUUAAAUUCUUCCAUUGGAAGGAAACAGUCUCCUCCUUCAAGCCUUGAGAUAUACCAAACAUUGUCUCCACGAAAAAUAUCAAGAGAUGAGCUCUCUCUAGAGGAUUCAUCCAGAGGAGAUUCGCCCAUAGCUGCAGAUAUCUCCCGGGGUUCUCCUGAUUGUGUAGGUCUGACAGAAACUAAGAGCAUGAUCUUCAGUCCUGCAAGCAAAGUGUACAAUGGCAUCUUGGAGAAAUCCUGUAGCAUGAACCAGCUUUCCAGUGGCAUCCCGGUACCUAAACCUCGCCACACAUCAUGUUCCUCAGCUGGCAAUGACAGCAAACCAGUUCAGGAAGCCCCAGGUGUUGCCAGGAUAAGCAGCAUCCCACAUGACCUUUGCCAUAAUGGAGAGAAAAGCAAAAAGCCAUCAAAAAUUAAAAGCCUUUUUAAGAAGAAAUCUAAGUGAACUGGCUGACUUGGUGGAAUUCCAUUCAAGUGGCAUCUUUAAACUUUUAUCUCCCAUCCUUCACUCCUCUUUUUUUGUUUUAAUUUUAGGAAUGUAACUCCAUUGGGGCUUUCCAGAGUGGAUGCCAUAGUGGAAUGUCCUUAAGAGCAACUGUCUACUGUCUGCUUAUUUAAAUGACUAUAUAAUCAAUUUGUCAAGCCAGUUAUUACUGAAAAAUCAUUAAGAGAUGAGACAGUUUACAGUCAUUUUUGCCUAUUUAUUUCUGCUUUGUUAUUAGUGAUAUAUAUACAACAUUUUGUUGAGAGCCACUAUGGACUUAACAAGCUUUAAUGGACUAGUAAGCCAGCAUGGGCUUGCAAAAAUUUCUUGUUUACCAGAGCAUCUUCUUAUCUUUCCACAGAGCUAUUUACAUCCUGGACUAAAAUAACUUAAAAGGAGUAAAACUAAUUGCACUACUGUUUCUCAGACUGGAAAAAUAUCUCUGCAAGUGAAACUGUAUAGAGUUUAUAAAAUGACUAUGGAUAGGGGACUGUUUUCACUUUUAGAUCAAAAUGGGUUUUUAAGUAGAACAUAGGGUUUCUAAUUAACUUGAUUUCUGGAAAUGAAAACCCACGCUUUUAUUAUGGGAAGCUUCUUUAAAUGCAUUUAACAUUAUAAAGUUUCAAGUCCUGCUGUAAAGACCAUGUUGUUUUGUUUUUCCCAGGGCUUUCACUGUGAUUUUCUGCAUUGCAGGCUGUAUGAUAAAAUAUAAAUAAUUUAAAGAGAGAGGCUCUUGAUUCCUUACACAAAGUGGAAGAGUUAAAACUUGAUUGAAGGACUUAAAACAUUCACAAGCAUAUACUAAACUAGGGGGAUGUGGGGAUUCAGGCACUUGUUUACAGACUCAAUAACUGCAAAGAUUUAUGGUUUGUGAAAAACUUGUACUGUGGAAAAGAUAAUAAAUCGAAGACAUUA